AUGGACGGCAACGUGGUGGAGUGCGGCGCGCCCGCGCUGGGCGUGCUGCGCGACGUGCAGCGCGCCUACCGGGACCGCCUCGCGCUCGUCGACCGGAUUGGAGGCUCGAAGAAACUACAGAUGAAAGUUGAAGUGCUAGAGUCAUGGGUGAGCGACCUGGUUGCACAGAAUACACUGCUAGCGAGCACUAUCGAGGAGCUGGAGACGGAAGUGACUUCACGUCUUUUGGAGAAAAGACGCCAUGCUGAGAUAGAGAUUGAGCUUCGCGCUGAAGCGGAUACUUUGCGCAGGCAAUUGGUUCGUAAGGACUCAGACCUGCGCGGACUGCUGGAAGUGUUGCGGCGUCUGCGCGAGUUCGAUUUCUACGCGAUUGACGGUAUACACUUCAACGAAGUCACCGAGUCUGAUAUAUUUGGAUCGGUUUUGUGGCAACACUCGAAGCUGGAACAAGGGGAUAACAAAACAACCAACAACCGAGUGAACGAGAUGAGGAUUAAAAAUGAUUCAUUGAAAAAGGAGAAUUUAAAUAAAGACAGGGAAAUACGAAGAUUAAAUAAGGACUUGCAACAUUACGAACAAACAAUAAUGUCUUUAAGAAAUGAGCUUUCCGUGAAUAGUUAUCAUACUCCCGAUAUUCCAAAAAAAGAUGCAGAAGUAAUGGCUGAUAUUAGCACACAAAACAGACGGGAGUCUCCAUCGCCCCCAAUUCUCAUAUCAGACAGUUCGGUACAAGAAAUUGAUGAAGCGGCGUGCGAUUGUGCUCCUUGUCCCUUCGCUUCGGAUAAAGGUACAAAUAAGGUGGAAGGUAGCUCUUCAGAAAAUGUUGGAAAAUUAAAUUCUGGGGAAAUCGAAGCUACACGCGAACGGGAUGUUUCAAAGCGACAUCAGGAUAGCAUAGCCAGCAGCGUCGAGACUGCUGCGAGCGAAGCGGUGCGCACGCGCUCCCUCGAAAACAAAUUGAUGGCAACCAUGCUAAUACAGCUCAAGAACAAGGAAGAGACUAUACGUGUGCAGACUGAAAGCUUGUCACUGGCAGAGGCUCGCAUUGCUGCUCUGAACUCCAAGUGUAACCAGUCCGCCAGCAAGCUGCAUCAAGCACAGCAGACGAAUCCUUUGAAUAUGAUAAGGAGUUCAGCUGAUGGUAACCAAGUGGAGAUGGCUGAUGUAUCAACGACGGCAGCGGAUUCGAAUAUCGUGAACACACUCAGAGACAAUCUCUCCGUGAUCGAAGAGUUCUACAGGGAAUGCUUUUAUGAGACAGCAAAACAGGAAGAGCUGAUAACAAUGCUGCGAAGGUCGUACUUGGAUAUGAAACUCGUGGAGCGUCAAAAAUCUGACCAGAUAGAUUUCCUGCAGAACACAUUGAAAUCACAGAAGAGUUCAAUUGAGCGUUACGAGGACAUUGCAAUGGAAGUGGAAAAUUUGAAAACGGAAAUAUCGAAUUUUCUAAACAACUCGACGAAUAAUGAUUCGGGCGUGUGGGGCUGCGAGCCGGCGGCCGAGCUGCGCGACAUCGCGCGCCAGCUGCGCCGCCUGCAGGACAUGCUGCGGACCGAUUGCAUUUGUGGAUUGGGCGAGGAAAAUGUCGAAUUGAAACGAGGAAACGAAUCAAUGGAGAUCCAGAUAGGAGAGUUGCGGCAGCGAGUGUGCGGUUUGGAAGCCGCGUUAGAAGAUAAGGCGAACAUGGACCAGCAGUACUCAAAGCAGAUUGAAGAAAAAGAGAAGGAGCUUCACCGCAUCAGGCAGCAACUGGCGGCGCUGGAUCAAGGGUCAAAGGACCGAGGCUCCGCCUGCGACACGCUUACAUUUCAACUGAAACGCCUCGAAGUCAUGUUAAACGAUAAAUCAGCUGAAUUGCUGAACACCCAGCAUCUGUGUGAGUCGCAUGAGGUCACGAUAAGAGAUCUUCGAGCACAGCUACAUAAAGCCGAUCUUAUUGUUACGGAGAAUCAGCAGGUGCGGGCAGAGGUGUCGUCACUCUCGGCACAAGUGACGCAGUGGCGGGACCAGCUCGCUGAGAGUCGCAGCAGGCUGCGCGCGCUCGAGGACGAACUGCGCCGCGCCACCGACCACUGUCGACAUCUCGCCACGCACUACAGAGAGAAGGCGGAGACGGCGAGCACGCUGCAGGCGCAGCUGGCGGAGGCGCAGCAGCGCGGCGCCGAGCUGUGCGCGGAGGUGCAGCGCGCCGUGCGCGGCGUGCGGCGCUGUCUCGCCGAGCAGCGCGCCCGCCGCCGGGCGCAGGACGACAAGAUAAAAGAACAGGAGACGACGAUACGGAUGCUUCGAUCGACGACGGAGCGUCCCGGCGCGAGUGAGAACGAACCUUGCUGUUCUAAAUAUUUGUCGCGAGUGCGAGGGAUGCGAACCGAUCGCAGUUGUGUCGGUGCUAGCGAGACGCCCGGAUGUUCGAAGUGUGCGUAUUCGAGGGGAUCGAUGCCGCCCAGCAGCGAGUCGGGCGUUAGCCCGCUACCUCCCACUCCACCGAUAAGACUGUUACGAAAGAAACCUUUGCGUUUGGAGAGAGUGUGCCAGUUCCCGGUGACCCGCGAGGCCGGCGUGCAGCGACCGCCGCGACACGACGUGCAACUCGACGCACGACUGUCUCACGAACACUCCAUUCACUCCCUGCACUCCUGUGACGAUGCACCCUCAGUAAGUAGACACAACGAAAUCAGUCCUAAUAUUUAA